GCAGCCGCCUCCGCCUGGCUCUCCUCCUCCUCCUCCCGCUCCUGUUCCUCCCUUUUCUUGGGGCGGAAAGAGGCAGAGCCUCCCUCGGUGGGUCAGAGGCUGGAGGAAGGAGGAGGAAGAGGAGGGUCGCCUCGCCUCCCCAAAGCGCAGCUCGGGAUGGGAGACGGAGAAGACUCGGGUAUUUCCCACAUUGACAAAAUACUUGGAUUGUUUGAACAUACAACCUGCCGUUUGCUUCUCUACUGUAUCUGAAAGUCAAGCAGCAAAUUGGACAAAAUAUUUAAGAGAAACCUAUUCCUUCCUUUUUCUUCAAGUGGAUUGGGCCUCUGCAAUUUUACCUCAAAGAUGAAUUAAAAUUGGAAGACGGGAACAAUCUAGAAACACGACAGUACUUUCAAAAUCAACUACAGCCCUUCAUGAUCUAAGUAAAGAAAUGAAAUGAAAUGUAGCCAAUACAGAUGAAAUGAGGAUUGGACAUUACACUUUUCUCAUUACACAAUCUCCCUGAGUCCCCUCGGGGAGAUAGGUGUGGGGUAUAAAUAAAGUUGGUUUUUAUUAUUAUUAUUAUUAUAAUUAUUAUUAUUAUUAUUAUUAUUAUUUUUCAGCCUUGUAAAAUAAUUCUUAGGGGAAUCAUCUUAGACUCUAUUGUUCAUGCACAGUGUGAGUGUGACUUGAGGCAAUGUGAUUGCUUUUUAAAAAUCAGUUCAUCGUGUAACUAGUUAAAAAUUGACAUUAUGGCAGCAACCUAUAGGCGUGUAGUAACAACAGUGAAUUGUUACAGCAGUGUUGUGAUAGAUCGUCGGCUUCAGCAUGCGGUGCAUCACUGCACUGGGGCAUGCCACGUAUUCAAGCAAGGAGUUAUGUGCAUCGUGGCUCACCACAGUGUUUGUGCUGAGCUGAUGAAGGUCCCUGCACACAAGACUAGGAAUCCAGAAGUGACCCACAGGCUUUCGGUGCCUGAAAAUUCCCUUGCUUUUACUGGGGAUGAAGAUUAUCACCAAAUCCUCCCUAGUAACCCAAGACUCAAGAAGGGGUCUUCUGUUCAAAGCACUGGAAGCCUGAAAGAUAUCACCGGAGAAGCCAUAAACCUUGCUAGCGGAAAAAUAAAAGAGUUUUCAUUUGAAAAAGUCAGAAACUCUCCCAAUCAAGUGAACUAUAGAAAAGGAAGAAAAGUAAAGUCAGAUCCAUUCAAUAGAAGAUCAUUAGAUUUUGACUUGAUCUAUGGACAUUUCGGCAACGAUGAAAAUUCCCCCCCUCUGUUUGGCCAGUCACAUAAAUCCUCUCCGGAUGAGAAAUGGCGGGUCAGGAGCAACUCGGUAGAAGAAAAUGUGAAUUCUCCAGUUGACUCGCCUUUGCUGACUUUCUCUGAAGAUAGUUUUAUUACCCAGAUUUUGGAGAAGCACCGAUUAGAUGGUUCUUCUAGUGGGGACAUUAAGAUGUGCUUGGACAUCCUGCUAAAAUGCUCAGAGGACUUGAAGAAGUGUACUGAUAUAAUAAAACAGUGUAUCAGGAAGAAAUCUUCAGGUAGUGGCAGUGAAGGAAAUGGUAAUGAUUCGGUGGCCAAUACUGAAGUAAUCUAUAUGAAUCUAAUGACAAGAUUUUCAUCUUACCUUAAAAAAUUGCCCUUUGAAUUUCGGCAGCCUGGACUCACUGAGGCUGGUGACAUAGUAGAAAUGAUUAACAAUUUGUCUGCCUUACAGCAGUCCCAUUUCCCCCCCGUGUUUGGUGGCGAACAGCCACCUAGAUAUGAAGAUGUAGUAUCUUCCCCUACCUCUGUGACAAGGCAGUCUUUCACUACAGAUUUACAAGAAAAUCAGAUUAGCAGAAAUGCAAAUUCAUUAGCCAAACCUACCCAGCCCCCCAGUGCAGAUUUGUCCUCAAAAGUUUUGCAUGUCAGCAAUCAGAAUGACAAUUUAGGAUCUAGAAAUGAUCCUUGUGUACAUUCACAGUUAUUUGUAAAUCCACUAGAUUGCAUUUCUCCUACAGAAACUUUGUGCAUAAUGGAAGAAUCAGAUAGAGAAAAUAUAUUAGGCAGUGUAUCAAGUGCUAAGGGUAGAGGAAUACAGGUGAAAUCAGCCUCCAGCCCACAGAAAUCUGAAAAGUCAGACCCUCUUGGAGAUUCUAAUAAGGCAUCACCUACUGCAGCACAAACCUCUGUCCUACCAACCUCUACCAGCCUUGAACAGACUCUUCAGGUUUCAAAAGGAGAACACAGACAAAGUCAUCAAGAAGAGAUAGAUAAACUUUUGUUGGAUUUGGAACAUUUUUCACAGAAAAUGGAGGCGACUCUGAAAGAGACUACUGCUAAGCAGAGUGAUCCUGCCUUUUUGAAAGAUAGUAAUCUAUCCGCGACUCAUGACAAUAAAGGCAAAGCCUGUUCUCCUGCAGACAAAAGUGCUUCCGCUUCUUUAUCCAAGCUCAUAGAAACCAAUGGACACAAAAUGGAAGAAGAUGAUAAAACCCUUUUGUUACGCAUCCUUGAAAGUAUAGAAGACUUUGCUCAGGAGCUAGUUGAAUUCCGAAUGGGGAAAGGAAGCUUGUCGAAAGAGAAGGAAGUUAUGCACAUUCUUCAGGAAACAUUGGCCACUCCGUCCAUCACAGCUGUCCAGCAGAGCUACUCUGGUACAACUACCAAGGAAGCCACCCCAGCACUCAUUCAACAGAAGCCAGAGGUCAUCAAGGUCCAAAACAAGCAAGAGAAAAAACCUGUGACUCCAUCCACAGCCCCUGCGAAUUCAGCAGUCAGCCCACAGUUGCUUCUGCCAACAAAUAAAGUAGCUGUUGUUGCCCCUUUGUCCAUAAACAUUCCACGCUUCUACUUCCCCAGUGGACUCCCUAAUGUUUGCAACAAUCAUGAGGAGACCAUUGUAAAGAUUGAGGCAGCCUUUUCAGAAUUUGAAGAUGAGCGAGCCCCCCUUCAUGAAAUGGGGAAAAUUGCAAAGAUAUGCUGUUGCCCUCUAUAUUGGAAAGCGCCCAUGUUCAAUGCAUCGGGAGGAGAGCGGACAGGAUUUGUAUCUGUACAUUCAUUUGUGGCCAUGUGGAGAAAGAUAUUACACAACUGUCACGAUGAUGCAUCAAAAUUCAUUUGCCUUUUAGCAAAACCCAACUGUAACUAUCUGGAACAAGAAGAUUUCAUACCAUUACUACAGGAUAUAGUUGAAACUCACCCUGGACUGACAUUUCUGAAGGAUGCUCCAGAAUUCCAUUCCCGCUACAUUACUACUGUUAUCCAAAGAAUAUUUUACACUGUGAAUAGAUCCUGGUCUGGAAAAAUAUCUCUUACAGAAUUGAGGAAAAGUAACUUUUUGCAAACCCUAGCCCUCUUGGAGGAAGAAGAAGACAUUAAUCAAAUAACAGAUUAUUUUUCUUAUGAGCACUUCUAUGUCAUAUACUGUAAAUUUUGGGAAUUGGACACUGACCAUGACCUCUACAUCAGCCAGAAGGAUUUGGCUAGAUACAAUGAUCAAGCUCUUUCAAGCAGGAUUAUAGAAAGAAUAUUCAGUGGAGCUGUACUAAGAGGACUUCAAGUACUUCAAGAGAACCAGAUGAGCUAUGCAGACUUUGUGUGGCUUCUGAUUUCUGAAGAAGACAAAAGAAGCCCAACUAGUAUUGAAUACUGGUUCCGAUGCAUGGAUUUGGAUGGAGAUGGCAUGCUGUCUAUGUACGAACUGGAGUAUUUUUAUGAGGAACAAUGUGAGAGGAUGGAAUCCAUGGGCAUCGAGCCAUUGCCAUUCCAUGAUUUACUGUGUCAAAUACUCGAUCUAGUAAAGCCAGAAUUUGAGGGACGGGUAACUCUGAGAGACUUGAAAAGAUGCAGAAUGGCUCAUGUAUUUUAUAACACGUUCUUCAAUCUGGAAAAGUACCUGGAUAAUGAACAACGGGAUCCCUUUGCUGUGCAAAAGGAUGUUGAAAAUGAUGGUCCUGAACCCUCUGACUGGGACAGAUAUGCUGCUGAGGAAUAUGAAAUUCUUGUUGCUGAAGAGUCUGGUAAUGAACCGUUACAGGAAGGAUCCUUUGAAGAUGACUAUGAAUCAGAUGAACUGUUAUCUCUCCCUGAAAUUGGAGAAAAGUCAGACAAAUUAGUUAUUUCAGAUCUUUCACCAUAAAAAUAUUGGAGAUGGGUCGUUAAGGUCUGUCAGUAUUAAAUGGAAGAGUCUUCACUUCUUGUUUUUCAAAUAAGUGAUUUUCUUAUUGAAGAUGCAACCAGUCACUGAAAUAUAGAUUCUUUAAAAAAUAUCUUCUGCAGUAUGGUAAUUUCUAAAAAAAUAAGUUUUUAGACAAUAUGUUAGUGCAGGCAUUUGUAGAAACUGUGUAUGUCAUAGGAGUUCUUGCCUAGCACACCUAGAAGGUACCACAUUUGUGAAAAGAACAAGAAGGGAUAAUACCCCCGCACACACGGACAUACAAAAUGCUGAAAAAAGAAUCCAUGUUUGCAGGUAUUGUAAUAUUUGUUCAAUACAUUAUUUGCCUUCAUCUUGGAAUUAUUUCCCCUCCUAUUUAUAUUUAGAAACUAUACUUCACCAUGAUUAUGUGCUAUACAUAAUUGUGGAGUCACUCUCAUAACAUUCUGAUCCAUUCGAAAACCACAGUCGUUUUUUUCCAAGAAAAGGUUUCCAGAUUACUUGGGCACUCUGUAAUUUAACUAUCAUAGAGUUAGAACCAUUUGCAUGAUUAGCGAUUAAUAUGGGCUUCCCAAUAGCUCAUUUAAAGCAAUGAUCAAUUACAGGAUUGUAAAUAAAAUUAUUGUAAUAAAAUAAAGAAAAAUUAUUUAAUAUUCAUUGCUGUUUUUCCACAUGAGAAAAUUCCCUCCUAAGGAGGACUUUUCCAUACUAAAUAUGUGAGUCCCAGGUAGCUAUAUAAGGAAUGCUAUUUGUGUCCAAUUCUGGAACAGGGAAAUGUGUGACAUGGUAGGACUGUAUGUUAAAUGUACAUUAUCUAGAUCCCUGCUUAAACUGUGGGUCCCAACCACAAAUUGGGACCCACAGUUUAGCUCAAUGUUGAGUGUCUUGAAAAAAUUGGCAACAGUAAAAAUUGUAUAUGUUGUUGAAGGCUUUCAUAGUCAGAAUCACUGGGUUGCUGUGAGUUUUCUGGGCUAUAUGACCAUGUUCCAGAAGCAUUAUCUCCUGACAUUUCGCCCACAUCUAUGACAGGCAUUCUCAGCGGUUGUGAGGUCUGUUGGAAACUAGACAAGUGCAGUUUAUAUAUUUGUGGAAAGUCCAGGUUGGGAGAAAGAACUCUUGUCUGUUUGAGGCACAAAGCAGCCAGGCUUUGCAUCUGCAAGGCCAUUAAAUGCUAAUCAAGGUGAUUAAUUACAACAUUCACACUUGCCUCAAACAGACAAGAGUUCUUUCUCCCACCCUGGACUUUCCACAGAUAUAUAAGCCCCAGUUGCCUAGUUUCCAACAGACCUCAAAACCUCUGAGGGUGCCUGCCAAAGGUGUGGGUGAAACAUCAGGAAAGAAUGCUUCUGGAACAUGGCCAUACAGCUCGGAAAACUCACAACAACCCAGUAAAAGUUUUCUGAACAUCACCUAGUGGCUGUUUUAGACAUUUACACAAAUCUCUUGUGCAGUAUUUACAGUGGACUAUGCAGAAGAUGCCCCAAACGUAAAAACCAGCCUAUUUAGCAAGCCUGGCAAAUGCUGAUUUGUUAUCAGGAAAUGUUUGGAUGUUAUACCUAUUUUGUAUUCCUAUAUUCUUGGGGUCACAUAAAAACUUCUCGGGUCAAAAGGAGUCAAACAAGUGGAAAAGUUUAAGAAGCCCUGAUCUAGUUGAAGGAAUAUAAUCCAAAAUAUUGAGAGACAGCACAGUAUUUCCUUGUUUGUUUACUUUUAGUUUUUCAUCUUUCUGCACUUCCUGAUAAGAUUUAUUCUGAUGUGGGGAUCAGGAAUAUUUAGCUUUAGCCACUCAUGUGGUAAAACUGGAGUGAUAGACAAAAAUGGGUUAUCGGAUGUUGCUUCCAUGAUCUCUCACAUUUGACUAUGCUGACUAUGGAUGAUGGAACAUGUAGUCCAACAUUAUCUGAAGGUCAAAUAUCCACUCUCAAGUUCUACCAAUUGAGGGACGUGGGUUAUUGUUCCAAAAAUCUAAAUAAUCUCAUAGAAGUAUAGAAACCAAAAAUCUUUAUACAUAUUUAGAAGACUACAUUUAAAUUCUUCCCCAUGUACCUUUUCCAGUAUCUCUUCUGGUGCCUGCUUUUUAAAAGGAAAAGCAAAGUUAAAUGAGACUGCUUCUAUACGGAUUGAGGAAAAUAUGGCAACGUCUUAAUAUGUCUAUUCAAAUGACAUAGGGGAAGGGAGAGAUGUUACGUACUUCAAAUAGUGCUCACCAGAUCAUCAUGCACAGGGGUACUCCAUGUGAUCCAUGUAGUCUUAUUCCACAUUUUUCUGAUGAGGAAAUAGUGCACUAGGAAAAUAUAGUAUCUCAGCAAUGGACAAGUAGUACUGAGAAAAGUUGUGAAGGUUCUCAGUAUUAAUUAAUCAAUCAAUAAAUUACAUUUUUAUUAUUUUUAAAAUGAUGUGGAAAGGAGUUUAUAUGUUGUGUUGACGAAUACUGCUCCUUGAUUGACAGAGUUUACAAAAACACCCAGUGCCACACCACCAGUAAGCGUUUGUAAGCAUACACCUUCCCUAAAUAGUGUUAUAAAACCUUGAAGUGCCGUGCCACAGGCAGCUUUUGUGUUGUUCUGAGGUCACUGUUGGCAAACUUCUCCCUACUUCAUCCCAGGUCUUGAACCAGUAUGUUGGCUCAUAGCUUUUGGUGGCCAAGCAAAAUAAGGGUUGUACUCUUGGAUUCUUACAUGUAUAAAUUGCUUCUAAAAAUAUCAGCAAUAUUUAAAUGCCAAAAAGAAAUCUGUUAAAAUAAUGUUAAUACACUAAAUAAUAAAUUCAUUUCACUGUUACUAAUGGAUUUUUUUUUUCGUGUUAGGAGUGACUUGAGAAACUACAAGUCGCUUCUGGUGUAAGAAAAUUGGCCGUCUGCACGAGCGUUGCCCAGGAGACGCCCAAAUGUUUUGAUGUUUUACCAUCUUUGUGGGAGGCUUCUUUCAUAUCCCGACAUGGGGAGCUGGAGCUGACAGAGGGAGCUCACCCACUCUCCCCAGAUUCAAAUCACCAACCUGUUGGUCAGCAGUUCUGCUGGCACAAGGGUUUAAUCCACUGCACCACCAGGGGCUCACUAAUUUUAAUGGACCUUUCUGUAAUUACAGUGAAAUGCAUAAUAAAAUACAAAUCCAAGAGUGAAUCUCAAUCUCAGGUUUUAGCCGGAGUAUGUAAUACAGUAUAACUAUCAGAAUAGGGUAUCUCUGAGCAUUUAUCUUAACUUGACAGCAGGAAGUGUAGUUGUUUUUUUCAAAAAUAAUCCUUCACAUACUUUGCCUGAUCUGGAAGGAUGAUUGUGCCAUCUCUUAUCUUACAAUAAAUGGGCCAUUCCAUUAAUAUAUAUAACACAGGGGUCCUCAAACCUUUUAUACUGAGGGCCAGUUCACGGUCCCUCAGACUGUUGGGGGGGGGGGGCUGGACUACCGUUUAAAAAAAACAUGAACUAAUUCCUAUGCACACAGAACGUAUAUUAUUUGUAGUCAAAAAAACCAUGAAAGAACAAUACAAUAUUAAAAAUGAAGAACAAUUUUAACCAACAUAAACUUACCAGUAUUUCAAUGGGACAUGUGGGCCUGGUUUUGGCUAAUGAGAGAGUCGAGUUAAUUAGGAUUGUCAUUGUGUGCCUUUAAGUCAUUUCAGACUUAGGACAACCUUAAGUCUAAAGUUUAGGACUGGGCCCAGGUGAAUGACCUUGGAAGGCGGCACAGGCCUUCGAUUGAAGACCCCUGUUAUCACACAAUGAGACAGCAAAUGCUUUGUCUACUAUUGAUUCCAGGUUCAAUCUUCUAGGGUUGUCAAAGACAUCCUUCUGGUACCCUGAAAAACUACAGUCUCACAUUUUUUGAAAAAAUUGAGCUGGCAUACGACAGAUUAGUAUGCAUAGGGACUUUUCUGAGUUACUGGAUAACUUUAGCAAAGUCCUAUAUAUCUGGAGCCCCCAGUGGCACAGCGGAUUAAACUGCCAAGCUACUGAUCUUGCUGACCGAAAGGUCCGCGGUUCGAAUCCAGGGAGUGGAGUGAGCUCCCGCUGUUAGCCCCAGGUCCUGCCAACCUAGUAGUUCGAAAACAUACAAAUGUGAGUAGAUCAGUAGGUAUUGCUCUGGUGGGAAGGUAAUGGUGCUUUGUGUAGUCAUGCCGGCCACAUGACCUUGGAGGUGUCUACGGACAACACCAGCUCUUCAUCUUAGAAAUGGAGAUGAGCACCAACCCCCAGAGUCAAACAUGACUAGACUUAAUGUCAGGGGAAAACCUUUACCUUAUAUAUCUGGAAAUGCGGGAAAAACCUUUCUGGGCAGAGUGUAUCCUUCAGACAAGAAGCAACACCUUCUAGUUCAGAAAAUAAAUACUAUCCUUUUGCUGUGCCCAUUGUAAUAUUAAAUAAUUCACAUUUUUAUGUGGGUGAAAGUGCUUUAUAAAUUACUCUUCCUUGAAACAGUACUACAACAAAACUAACCUGAAAGUAGAGGCAAUUAUAAAUCAGUCUAUAGCAGAAGACUUAUACCCUUACAAUGCAAAAACGACUUUCUUCGUAUGGAUUAGAUACAUUUUAUAUUUGUGAUUUGGGAACUAUAAAACUGUAGUAAACCCAGUCCUAAAGCUGACAGGGAACAUUCCGUUCUCUGCUCAUUUUCCUAUUGAAGUUUUAUCACAGAGCACUUGAACCAGUUUUACAGUUCAGUUCUAAGGUCUGAUAAAUAUAAUUAGUAUCACUGAAUCAAUUAAAUUAUUAAUUAAUGCAGCAGUUGUUUUGUAUAUAUGAUAAUGCAAAUACUAAAUAAGUGGGUUGAAAGAAUAUAACCAAUCUUGGGGUUUUUUUUUAAUGGGGAUGAUAUUUAGGUGCCAUAUUUUUAAUAACUCAUGUUGAUUUAAACUACUUGAUCUCAGCUGGGGUCAUUAUCGCAUGACCCACCUGUCUCAUGUAGCAGUUUUAUGUAAUGAGCUGGGAUUAAAAUUUAUAGUUCAGCUCUGGCUGGGCUCUGCUCUUAUAUAAUUUCUUCCUGUUGCCAGGGAAUAGCCAGGGAAUUAUAGUUUUGCAAAACCUUCCUCAUCAUGUAGUUUACACAAAGAACUGCAUUUUCUGGACAGUCCAAAAACAGCAUCACAAAUAAACUGAUUUUGAUUAAAGCAUUUCCCAUCUUUGGAGUUGUUAGAGUCCUAUCUAUGCCAUUCUUAACUCAAAGUGAGUUUUUACUACACAAAUGCCACCUUUUUAUGAUUCAGAAGACUCCUUUAGCCAACAUAAACACAAAGGUGUACUUAAUGUAAAUACGGAUAGAUAAUGAUUAACCAAGUCGCCAUACCAUAUUUGCCAUCAAAUAAAUUGCAGGCCAUAAUGAUCAUCAUUUCCCUUGAAGCCAGUUGUGCAGAUAUGCACAUAAUUUUAGUGGAUAACUGUGUAUACGGCAAUACAAUAGUUACCAAUUAUUUUAGCACUGCUUUUCUUUAGAAGUACUGUAUUGGGAGAUAUUUAUAGGAUUCCUCAUAUUCAAAAAUACCGAAAACAACGCCGGUUUCCUUGCCUUGUAAAAAUUGCUCUUUGGGGAGUAUUUUAGCCAGAAUGGAGCACAACCAAGCGCUAGACUCCCUACCCUUUUACUCUAAGUUCUGCAACAUACCUGCUAUGCAAUACUAAUACAGCUUGUUGAACUUGUGUGUGAGUGUGCAUGUACACAAACCGCCAUGUUUAAUUUGGGGUGAGUGCUAAAGAGGUUUUUAAGCAAAAUUUUUGAAAGUUUAAUGUUAUUUUCUCUUGAUACUGUAUAUCAUAACACCUACCUCAUAUGAAAGGGGUUAAGAUAAUUCAGUUUGCUCUGUUGUAGAAAUUCCUUUCAAUAAAGAUGUCAAGCAAUACUUGACUGGUGAUGAACGUCCUUUGAUGUCUAUUGAGGCAAAAUCUUUCUUCCGCUCACUGUAGUGGGGUGAAAGAGAGACACGGUUGGUAUGUGAAAAGUAUAAUGCUAUUGCACUGUGUUUUUGCCAUGUGUUUGCUUUUUCAAAGUUGUAGUCAUCUGAUUUGUAACUGAUUAUUUUAUGCUUUCUUUGGGCUGCCACAAAGAGGCAGCAUUGUGCAAAAGACACACAGCUGAGACAUAUUCCAAUUAUUAUCAGAUUUAUUGAUAGAGUGGGUUUUGGUGAGUUUUUUCGGUAGAAUCUCACAUCACUGACUUGAUCAAACAACAGCGAUUCCAAGAGAAUCUCAACAGCAUCUUGUGCUUAGCUUUAUAUAUAUAGCUUUAGAAGACCAAAACGACUGAAUAUCUACAAAGCAGAAAUAAGCAAUUUUACAAAUACCUUGAAAAUUCACAGUAUGUUAAGUCUAUGCAAAAAAAAAAACCAACAAAACAAAAGCACAGUCACUAUAAAAGUUAAACAGUUGGGAGUAACUCUUAUAAUUAAUGUUUAUUCAUGUAUCUUAAUGUGCUUUGUUACUAUGUGUUAUGGUUUGCCAAAACUUGGAGAUGUACAAAAAAAUUGAGAAAUGUGGUUAAAGCAAUUGUUCAAACAUUGCUUGUCCUGGGCAUGGGUUUGCCUUAGCUAUUUUACUUUGUAUUUUCCUUUUUGCAAUUAAAAGUAUUUUUAAAAAUUA